AUGGGCCUUGGACGUGGAGACCCCCAAGAAGAUCCGGGGCAUGCCAUCUCUUGGGGUAUAGUCACGGCGAGCAGCUUGCGCGGCCCUUGCACUACCCAGGAGGUCUUCGAAGCCUCACAGGCUGGAAGGACGGAGGCCGCCCGCGAGGUGGCUCGAAGACGUUUUGGCGAGACCGAGAAGCAGCGCGGAGAGCGCGAGGUCCACGAAGGCCAGGCUUUCUUCGCAAGCUGCGGCGUGGAGCAGUUACGGCCUUCUUCGAGGUUUGGGCAGACUGGCGGAGGCUCACGCCCGUACGGCGUGGUUUCGCAGCGUCCCCGCACUACGCCUUCACGUGAUUUGGAGCUCUGCAGCCCGUCUUCUUCGCGAACCCACCUGCGGUACUCCAACCCUUGCCUCAGCAGGGUAAUGGACCAAGACCGCCAGCAGAACGGAGGAUUUUUCACAGGGAGCGUUCUGGCUGCUCGCAAAGUGACCAGCAGAUGA